UGAUACGGAUUCAGAUAGUUCACCAACUACAUCCUUGUCUUCACCUUCACCACUAUCUGAUGAAGAUGAUCAGCCGAUUGAGAAGGUUGAGAGAUCUUUCUGUAUUAGAUCAAAAGAUGAGUUGCCUAUUGAUGACCUACCUCCUGUUGAAGACUUGUCAAUAAUUCUUCCUGAUGAUGUUGAACUGAAGAUCUUUGGCACAGUUUCCAGCAUCAUUGAGAAGCUGGUAAUAAUUGAAUCAGUGAGAGGCCUACCUCCAGUAAAUGAGGAAAGUGUAAUUUUUAAAGAAGAUCGUCACGCAGUAGGAAAGGUAUUUGAGAUAUUUGGUCCUGUUUUACAUCCCUUUUAUGUGGUAAGAUUUAACAGCUCAGAGCAUAUCAAAGAAAAAGGUAUUAAUGUGCAAGAUAGCAUGUAUUUUGCUCCAUCAGUGGAAGACUUCACCCAGUAUGUAUUUGCAGAGAAACUAAAACAGGAUAAAGGUUCAGAUGCAUCUUGGAUGAAUGACCAAGAACCACCACCUGAAGCCUUGGAUUUCAGUGAUGAUGAAAAAGAAAGAAUGGCAAAACAGAAGAAAAAGAAGCCUCAAAGUCAAGACAGGAAGAAAUUCAAACCAGAAACAAUUGCAACAAGUGAGAAUAAGGAAUUACAUCAGUCAGUGCAACAGCCUGCUUCAAGUUACUCAAGGGGGUACCAUGCCAGAGGGUUCUCCGGGAGACCAUUUCCUCCUCCAUCAGGCUCUCAAGGGUUUAUGAGACCACAAGCAAGACCACCACAGCUAUACCCUUCAGACAGCAGGAUCCACCAGGCAUCGCCAGUGUUUCCACAACCUCAUAGCAAACAAGAUCCAAUGAUGCAGCAGUAUACCUUUCCUCCUCCAGGUUUUGGUUCUGUCAAUUAUGUGCCCCAGUUCCACCUUCCACCUUCAAAUAUGAGUAUGAUUUGGACAGACUCAGACACGUACAAUUCAUCAUACGCAUAUUUACCACCACCACCGCCGCCACCACCUCCACCUCCUGCAGAUAGCAAGCCACCUCAGUUCAGGCCUUACUAA